AUGUUCCAAGAUACAAUUGUCACUGCGUACAGUACGUUGGAUGAUGGCCGUCUCCUAGGGAAAUCGAGUGCACAAGCCUGUGUGUUUGCUUUUCUCGCUUUUAUUUCCGUGCUUCGUACACAGGUGGAGACAGUGCCUCUCGACAGUAUACAGUAUAUGACUGCGGCACAAAGUCUCCUUCCGCGGAUUCUACUCGAGACUGCCAGCGUGGAGGGACUACAAUCUCUAUGCAUGCUGGCAUUCAUUGAGCAGAAGUUGGGGGAUGUCCAGGCUGCAAUGUAUUUCACUUCUCUCGCGGCGCGGCUUAUAUUUGGAUUGCGUGCAUAUGUAUUUUCCGAGCCAGACUUAUCAACUGCUGGCUGGUCUGCUAGCACAAGGACAUCGUCGGUACAACCACAUUUGCGAUCCCUCUUCUGGCUUUGCUUUGCCAUCGACAAAGAGCUGUCCCUCCAAACUGGGGAGCCUCCUAGCAUUAAUGAUGAUGUGUGUGAUCUCACGCUACCACCAAACUAUAUCGAACGUCUCUAUGCCUCCGACCCAUGCGUACAGUCUAGGCUUCCUUCCGAUCUAUUUGCCAGGCUACCUCCUUAUCCUGUAGAUUUGCGAUUGAGCAUAAUCAUGUCCAGAGUUAAUAGUGCUCUAUGUUCCAACAGGCGGGUCCAAGUUAAUGAUGCUACGAUUAUCAAACAUGUUCGGGAGCUGGAUGAGGAACUCGAACAAUGGAGAAUCUCACUACCACCACAUUGGCAACCAACAUUAUCCUCUCCUAGUGACAAUCCUAACAUCAGUAUGCAUGCGCUUUUUUUGCAGCUAGUAUAUUACUUUAUUUUGGCCCGUAUUCACCUCGCCUCUAACCAAUACAAUGAAUGGAUGGUUGCCCAUAGCGAAAUGCCACAAGGAAUCAGUUCCAGUUUGGCUCUAUCUGUUGCCGCAAGCCGUUCGACGCUCCUUUGCCUUAAGGUGUAUGAACAUCUGCUCAGGGAUGUGGCUUUAUGGCCCAUUCUGUGGUACAUUUUGACUGCUCUCGGGGUACUCUACAUCCAUGUCCUGCGCAGGCCGCUUGACCCAGAGGCCGCUAGUGAUGUCGACUUGCUCAAGAAUAUAUCACUUAUAAUCCAUAGGCUAUUUAUACAACAGAAUCCUCUUAAUCACCCUAGAGAUACGGACAUUCCGCACAUUACUGGUCUUGCUAUCGAGAUCGCCCAACUGGCUUAG